AAUUUUAUAAAACUUGGGUCAAAUGAUCACCUCAUCAAGACGAUAUGCAGAACCCUUGAGUCAGUCAUGCCGGCUCAAGGUCAAGGUCACAACUUAAGGUCAAAGGUUUGAGCCUUCCAUUUUGUGUCCGCUCUAUAUCUCCUAAACCCCUUGAAGGAUUUUCAUCAAACUUGGGUCAAACGAUCACCUCAUCAAGGCGAUGUGCAGAACUUAUGAGUCAGCCAUGUCGGGUCAAGGUCACAACUGAAGGUCAAAGGUUUGAGCCUUCCAUUUCGUGUCCGCUCUAUAUCUGCUAAACCCCAUGAAGGAAUUUUAUAAAACUUCGGUCAAAUGAUAACCUCAUCAGAACGAUGUGCAGAAAUUAUGAGUCAACCAUGCCAGCUCAAGGUCAAGGUCACAACUAAGGGUCGAAGGUUUGAGCCUUCCAUUUGGUGUCCACUCUGUAUCUCCUUAACCCCUUGAAGGAUUUUUAUCAAACUUGGGUCAAAUGAUCACCUCAUCAAGAACUCAUGAGUCAGCGAUGUCAACUCAAGGUCAAGGUCACAACUGAAGGUCAAAGGUUUCAGCUCUGUAUCUCCUAAACCCCUUGAAGGAUUUUCAUGAAACUUUGGUCAAAUGAUCACCUCAUCAAGACUUUGUGCAGAAUUCAUGAGUUAGCCAUGUCAGUUCAAGGUCAAGGUCACAGCUAAAAUCAAAGGUUUACCCUUUCACUAUCCAUAGCAGUGGCGGGGGAUUUAGCUCUCUUUCAGAAUGCCUUGUCUUAAAUUACAAAUUGCUUCAAAUUUCUUGAGGAAAUGGCAAUAAAAUGUCAUAAAUUUAUUCAGUUACACUUUGUAAUUAUUACUCAAGGUCUUGUAGAGAAAAAGACAAAAGAAGAAUAAAAGGAUUCAAGUUAACAAGAGACAUGAAGAUUUAUUUCUGUGGAAGUAUCCGUGGGGGUCGCCAAGAUGCAGAGUUGUACACUCGAUUGAUAGAACAGCUUAAGGCUUAUGGAACAGUUCUUACAGAACAUGUUGGCACUAAGGAACUCACUGAAGAACAGCAGAAGUGGACAGAAAAAGAAUGCCACGACAAUUCGCUGCAAUGGCUAACAAGUUGUGAUGUUGUAGUUGCCGAGGUAACUCAGCCGUCGCAUGGUGUUGGUUAUGAGAUUGGUAGAGCUGUUGCCAUGAACAAGAAGAUUCUAUGUUUGUUCCGACCAUCCUCAGAUAAAGGUAUAUCUUCUAUGAUAUUAGGAGCAGAUAAUGGAUCUACUGUGCAAGUAAAGAACUAUAGAGAGGAAGAUGCUGCAAAAAUAUUUAAAGACUUUCUUAGUUAAAUAGAUAUGUUAAUAAUACUUUUGUUUGAAUAGAACAGACUCAGUAAAUGAGCCGUGCCAUGAGAAACCAACAUAGUGGGUUUGUGACCAGCAUGGAUCCAGACCAGCCUGCGCGUCCGCCCAGUCUGGUCAGGAUUCAUGCUGUUCGCUAACAGUUUCUCCAAUUCCAAUAGGCUUUAAAAGCGAACAGCAUGGAUCCUGACCAGACUGCGCGGAUGCGCAAGCUGGUUUGGAUCCAUGCUGGUCGCAAACCCACUAUGUUGGUUUUCUCAUGGCACGGCUCAAAUAUGCUUUUACCAAGGGAAAUGUUCAGAUACCAGAGUAAUGAAAAUAUUUCUAUGGAGACACUAUAACUAUAAAGACUUCCAUACUUAAUAGUCUUGCAGUUGAUUUGAAUGUAUCAAUGUAAUAUAAUCGUGUUAUUAUAAUGGUAGCUCGAUCUGGAACGCUGUAUUUGGCUUGAGUGGAUUUUGCCAGAUGGAAUCUCAUGAGGCAUGCAAGCGCCAAGUGUGUUCCGACCGUGCAAAAUCCGCGAGAGCCGAAUACAAAAUCCAUGAUCUAAGCUACUGUUAUAAUUACCCUUUUUAUUAUAUAUCUCCACCUUUCUGUUGUUUUGUUAUCGAAUAUUUGUAACGAAACGUUCAAUGCUUAUCAAUGUUAAAAUAGAAGUGAGUGAAAUUUUAUGUGCACUAUUUAUAGAACUGUGUCAGGUUAUGCAUAUUUAAUUUAAAAGAAAGUAGUCUGGCAACAUACAAUACAAAAGGUACAAUAUGGUGUUUUUUUUGCCUGUUCAUAUUUACUUGUGAAAUACAAGCUGCAUACCAGAACCUCUCUACUCCUGGUGUGUUUAUAUAAAAAGAAACAUGAAAUUGGGACCAUGAAAAUUGUUUGGAUUGAAGAGUUUUUGAUUUUCAGGGGUUGUGGUUUAGAGAGGUUCCACUGUAUAUGUACACUUAUUUUUAGAACACCAUUGCAAGUAGACUCACUGUAAUAAGUAUGAAGACAUGUGUAUGUGUACACCUAUUUUUAGAAAAGUGGAGUAAAAGUAUCUGCUGAAAAACUUUCAACUAAUUUCUCAUGCAAAUCUUCACAUUAUUAGUACAUAGGAUUUAGGUUUUACUAUGUGUUACUAUAAUUGAGUGGCAACUGCAAUGUUCUAAAAUUUGACACUUUAGACACUAACUGUGGCACUUCUUACACAACUGGCUUUUGCAGGAAGUGGACUUGAGGGUGGUUCCAAUAACCUUAAAGCCUUCAUUGCAGUUCAGCUAACUUAACUAAGAUUGCUUGUUUGAAAUCACAAACAUUCUUAUUUCUUCUCUUUUGUGUGAUGUAUUAGAGAGAAGAGCAUGAUUUUAUCUGUUGAAUGCUUUUUACAUGGAAUAAAAUGUUUGUUUCAAAGUUUUUAGAGAAUUCACAGACAAAUUUUCCUAGUCGCCUUACUCUAGGAAACCUUUUCUGACAUAUCAUAAAGUAAAAUUGUGUGUGUAUUUAAACAUAUUUUGUAUAUCAACAAUAAUAUAUUUCAUGUUUGUUUUCUUUAACAAUAAUGUAUAUAUUUAAUGUGCUUUUGAUAUUGUGCCAGUUUACAGCAGGAUAUUUAUUGUGUUUUUACGGACAGAUAUUAUUUAAAUGAAUACUUUUUGACAUUAUGAUUCAUAUUUAUUUUACAUAAUUUGUUAGUAUUUUAGUCUUGAAAGGUAUUUUAUGAAGAGUGUAAAAUGAAGACAAUUUCUUGCCAUUUGAUUGUUGGAGAGGGUUCAGUUUCUAUUCUUGUACAUGCAGACAUGUAGUAAAUUCCUAUACAUAAUUACAAGCAUUUGCUAAAAUUGCACGAUGGAUUUAAUUAAGUUGCUUGAUGCAAGAAAAUCUACUUGUUCAACCUUUACCCUUCUAAAUUUCUAUAAUGAACUUGUCCAUCUUUCAGUUUGGACAGUACCAUUAACUGUUAAAAGGGUUGCUUACCAAAAAGAUACUGAAUAGCAAACAGUGCAGAUCUUGAUCAUACUGCAUGGAUGUGCAGGCUGAUCAUGAUCUUCAGUGGUUGCAAAGGCAGAAUCAAUCCUGUCUAGCAAGAUAAGGGUUUAAUGUCAGAUAUUGGUUUUACAAGCGUGUUAGAUAGAUAGAUAGAUAGAUAUUCUUUAUUUCCUCCAUGUAGAAGAGCAUAUAAUAUUUACAGACAAUGCAAAUGUAAUAUAUAUACAAGUUAAACAUUUACAGCCAGUUAUUAACAGUAUUCUUUAUAUACAUAAUUUAUACAAUUUCAAACGUGCAGUUUUAUAGGAAGUGAUAUAGCAACAAUAUACAAAAUGUAGACCUUCCUUCACAACCUCUGUGGUCAUACAGUAUUACUAGUGUUUGUCUUUUGUUGCCAAUGUGUAGAGUUUAUUGCUGUUUCUUUGUAUUGUUGAUAUGUUUGCUAAAAGUUUAUUUGAACCAUAUGCCAUCUGUAUAUAAUGCAAAUAGAAAAACAUUUAUUUAAUUUCUUCUUUCAGAAAAAAGGUUCCUGCAUAUAUCAGACUUAAUGAAAAAAUUUCAGUUACAUAGUUUAUGCAGUCUUUGAUGGGUUUAAGCAGUCUUAAUUGAAUAUUUCUGAUAAAAAAAGUGGGUAUGUAUGAGUCAAGUUAUUAAGCCAUACUUGUUUGAAGUUUAUUCAAGUUAAUUCAUAUUUUUGAUAAAUACUUUUAUCAGCUACAUUUUUAAUUGUGACAGUUUGAUUUACUUUUCUCAUGCAGGUUUUCAACAUGACUUGGAUUCUUAGACUGUGAUAUAUUAUUAAUAAUCAAAUUUCUCAAAAAAUCGACAGCAUUUAGAGUGAGUCUAAUUUUCUGACCUGUGGUUGGGGACCUGGUCCACUACUUUUAACAUUUACUCUGCUAAAUUUCUAAAAUGAACUGUUCAUCAUUCAAUUUGGGCAAUACCAUUGAGUAUUCGAAGGGGAGUUCACUGAAAAUUUACUGACUGAAUAGCAAACAGUGCAGACCAUGAUCUGCCUGCAUGGACGUGCAGGCUUAUCUUGCUCUGCUCUGGUCGCAAAGGCAGAACCACUUGCCGCCAGCAGGCUGAAGCUUAUAGCAUCCUUUUAGGUUGAAAUGUCCAUGACCUUGGCAGAAAGAUGAAGUGAUUCUAGGCUUGUCUACAUGAUAUGAGAUUCUGAUAGUAUUGGUUUUACCUCAGUUUUACUUUAACCUUUAGUUAGUUUUAAAAUUAUGAAUUAUUCAUCUGUACUUUUAACAUUGCAAAAGAAAUUGUGUUUUCCUUUUAAGAAAAAAUAUACAUAUCAGUAAUAAUGUAUUGGGAAUAAAAUGAAAAAAAAUCUG